AUGUCAACAUCAGAGAACACAACAACUGCUAUCGUUCAUGAAGCCAUAAAUGAAGAAUACGAGUGGGUUCAGUUUAACAAACAACUCCGUCUCAUUCGUUCGGUCAAAGACGAUAUGUACCAAAUGCAAAGUAUUUUGACAGCAUGUUUUGCACCAGAUACCAAACAUACAGACGAUUGGUUCAGAAACCAAAGCACACAAGAACUUUUGAGUGAAAUUUCUCUAGACCGAGAAUUCUCGGUCUUGCAUAAAACACAUGAAAAUCGUAAAAAUUUGCCAAUAAAUUUAAGAGGUUGGUAUGUUCAUAGACUUUUAGUAAAUGCUGUUGCAAUAUGGGCUUCGCCUCGUUAUGCUUGGUAUAUUUACAGACUUCUUGACGAAAUUCAUAGACAAGAACGUGAAGAGAUGGAAAAGAAACUUCAUGCAAAAGAUGAAGUCAUUGAAGCAAAAGAUGAAGUCAUUGAAGCAAAAGACAAAAGCCUUCAGAAAAGAAUACCACGUUCGGUACCAAAAGGAAAGGAAAAGAACUAUAAGUAUAUGAUUUAUACUGAAGAGAUGGAAAAUGAAGAAGACAGAGAUAUG